AAAAAAAACUUCAUUUUUUUUGAUUGUUUACAUGAAAAUAUUGGAAAAAAUAGAACACGACGAUACAAUAGAUGAGUAAAGAGCUCGUGGCAAAUUUCCUUUGUUUUGAUCAAUCCAAUGUUUGCAAAUCAAAGAUGAUUUGAAUCGAAAUGACAUCUUCAUCGCCAUUGUCAUUACACAUAACGGUUCCUCAUUCGAGGACCAUUGUUCGUCAUAAUCGUCAACGUUUGAUCGAUGAAAUGAUUCAUGAGAUGAAAUCCGAAGAAAAAGAUGAGGAAAAAGUUGCUGUAAAAAUCGAAACACAAGAUGAAAAUUCACCAAUACAGAAUUCAUCAUCGAAAACUGUACAUUCAUCAUCGCACAUCAUUGUAACAAGAAAUGGUACGAAAAAACCUAAACGUCGACGACGAUUGUAUUCAACAACGAAAACAAAACGAUCGUCAAAUCGAACAAAAACUAAUUUAAAUAAAAUUAAAAAUAACGAUGAUCAAGAAUCAGAGAAAAUUCUCAAAAAUAUUAAUGAUGAUGAUGCUUACACUUCAAAAUCCACUGAUGGUGAUGAUGAAAACAUUGAUGUAAAAAGAAACGAUAAUCUACAACCGAAUGGUGUUGUUGAUAAUGGACAUGUGAAAAAAUGUGACACUACACUUAUAAAGCAAAAAUCAUCACACAGGAUGACCAAACGGCCACCGACAAUAACUACGACGAAUAAUGUGAUUACAAAUUAUUUUCCUAUCGUUUCACGACGAUUAUUAGCCGCAAAACUUAAGGAAGAAGAAUAUAAUCAACGUAUUAUUGAAUGUAUUACUAAACAAAUUGAUCCAUUCGACUACUUAGCCAUUACUGAAUUUCAAUCAAAAGGAAAGGCAAUCAUAGCUAAAGCGCCCAUACGAAAAGGUUCAUUUAUCUGUGAAUAUAGUGGUGAUCUUAUCGAUUUAGAUUCAGCCAAGAAACGUGAACUUAAAUAUGAACAAAAUCAAGCCGGUUGUUAUAUGUAUUAUUUUAAUUGGAAUUCAACAAUCUGGUGUGUAGAUGCAACUAAACCAACUGGUCGUUUAGGUCGAUUAAUUAAUCAUUCAAGAAAAUCACCAAAUUGUAAAACGAAAAUUUUUGAAUAUCAACAACGUCCACAUUUGAUAUUUAUUGCAUUACGUGAUAUUGAACAAGAUGAAGAAAUUCUUUAUGAUUAUGGUGAACGUGAUCCAAUGGCAAUCAAAUCACAUCCAUGGUUGACCACUACAUAAUGAUUGAUAGUGAAAUGAAAUCAUACAAGUCAUAGCAGUAUUACAAUGGUUUUUUUUUUUGUUUCACCAACUCAUAUAAUCAUAGAAAACAAAUGAAUGUAUGACAAAGAAUCAUAUUGAACGAACGAACAUCAACAUCAAACAUUGGCAUUCAUCAAAGAUAAUUUUAUUCAUUCAAAUCUCUCAACAUAUAUAAAUAUUUACACUUCAAUCUAAACAUUAUCAUGUGCCCUUAACAUCUUUUUUUUUUUAUAUAAUAUUCUGAUUACUACUAUCCAGUACUCGUUUCAUUAAUUUUUUUUUCUUCAUCAUAUUCACGCGGUAGUAUUAUAUACUAAAUUAUAUGAAUAAAUAAUAACAGACAGACAGAGAGACAGAGAGAGAGAAAAAUUUUUGUAUUUUU